CGUAGGUACCCGGCUUUUUCCCACGUCGCUGGUUGUGUGCGACCCCCUCUCUCUCGGCUGUUGUCUGCCCAACCCGCGGAAUAUGGGUGCUUUGGCCGUCAGGCGCUGCCUCGAGUGGCUGCUGGGCGUCUACUUCGUCUCCCACAUCCCCAUCACUCUGUUCAUCGACCUGCAGGUGGUGCUGCCGCUCGAACUCUACCCAGCCGAGUUCAGUAACUUACUGAAGUGGUACUCUAAGGAAUUCAAAGACCCUCUGAUGCAGGAUCCCCCAGUGUGGUUCAAGUCCUUCCUGUUCUGCGAGCUUGUGUUCCAGCUGCCUUUCUUUCCCAUUGCGGCAUAUGCCUUCUUCAAAGGAAGCUGCCGAUGGAUCCGCAUCCCUGCAAUCAUCUACUCAGUUCACACCAUAACAACUUUAAUUCCAAUUCUCUACACAUUUCUACUUGAGGAUUUCUCCAAAGCUGUUGCUUUCAAAGGACUAAGACCUGAGACGGCCCGUGAACGGCUGACCCUCAUUGGUGUCUAUGUCCCUUAUCUAAUCAUCCCCAUCAUACUUCUACUUUUCAUGUUGCGGAACCCCUACUACAAGUAUGAAGAGAAAAGAAAGAAAAAAUAAGGGACUGGCCGGGUGCAGGGAGAUGCCCACAGCACAGGCUGCCUUUUGGACAAUACAAGAAAAAUUGCUCUGAACCCAUGUUUUCAGUAGCACUUGAAACACACCAACACUGCACAAGAACAAGAUAGUCCAAGAGACAGGCCAAACCCUCAUCUUCCAAGGGAUGAAUGUGUUGUCCAUCAGCAGGGGUGGGGGCUGGGUUAUACUAUACCAGUGGUAUGAAAUACCACGUACCCAGGUUCCAUCACAGGAUUACUAAGAAAAGGAGCAGACCAGAAGCUGGGUGGGUGUCCACACAACAAGGCCUGCUUGACAUCUUCCUAAGUCAUGUGACCUAGAAUGCUCACACCCCACUAAACCCUUGAUUUGGGAUUUCUGUAGUUGACCACCAGUCAACAAAUGAGCAGUGGGAUGUUUUAGGCCACAAAUGAUUCCUCUUUAACAUGAAAAACUGUAUUCCAUUUCCUUGUUUGCACCUCUACUCCUGGGAGGAAAAAAAAAUACUGUGCAAGAAGGAUUCAAACUUCAUUUUUCUUCAUAAGGCUUAGUGUUCACACGACUCUGAUCCAGAAGUAGGUUACAGUGGAAGGUGUUUUCUAUCUUGAACAGAUCAUCCCAAGAAAUCUCUACUGUUAUUCCGGAGUACUGUCUUCCAUAUUUUUAGAGACCAUCUGAGAUACUUCCCUUCACUCCCAAGUCUGGCAUCAGAAGCCACUUGGCUCUGUAGUAGAUAGCUUGGUGCUUUCUCUCAGCCUAAUCGUUCCCAUCUUGUCAGGUGGGGGAAGUAGUAUGACUGCCUAGUAUGCACCUAGGGUCUCUUUCGUUAGUGCUUGCUGUUCUUCUAGCUCUAGAAGUGCACUUGAGGCCAGCCCUUAAAAAAAAAGAUAGCAGGUGCUAAGAAUUCCAGUUUUGCUCACAAGCCAUAUCGGUCUGGUUGUUGGUAUUACUGUCUCACUUGUGUGUGCUUAUAAAUAAAGGUAGCUGCUAAUCA